AUGCUAACGACGAGCAACUAUCCACGACGAUGCCGCACAGGUGGUACAUCCGUUAUCGGUGUCUCCACGUCCCCAGGUACUCUGCUCACACGACCAAAAUUACCACUGAGGUCUUACAUCAAACCGAGGGGCACUUACCAUUUCUCACACAUAGAAAAUGCACCCUUUGGUAGACCCAAGCGAUUCAGAGUCCGGAAAAUGAGCUCGCUGCAGAAGAUGGACGUUGGAAAGAAGAAGAUGCCGGACUAUACGGAGACUGCUUACAGGGAAGCCGUAUCGAAGCUGAAGUAUCUUCUGGCUGAGUCUUAUACACCGAGAUCAACAGGUAAAAUUCACCGCGAAAGGGGUAUCUAUCGUCGCAGCAACCUCCGCCUGCACGAGUCCGCCGAGGACACGGACGAUCGAAGUGCCGUGAGCGAAUGUAUCUCAUCCGCCGACAAAGUUCGCCUGCCAGCAUCGAUCCUAACUGCCGAAGACUCCCAACUGACGCCGCGAGAGCUCACAUCAUUUAUAAUGCGUCAAGAGCAGUACAUCGAGCAAUUGGAGCAGGAGUCACGCUACUGCAAAAACGAGUUGAAGAACCUCCUCGGUAAAAUUCGCGAAGUAGUAGCUGAGAACGAAGCUCUCCACGAUAAAAACAAAACAGGCCUGUUGAAAGCCUUUUUGACUGAGUACGAGAGUUGUGACGAGGUGAAACGAUUGGAAGGUAAAUCCCUGCCCUCAACGGAGCUGGAGGUGCACUCCAGCCCUGGAAAGAAGAUGAAACUCCAGAGGAUGGACGGGCCUGCGAUAAUGUACGAGUCCAGGAUCAGUGAGCUCGAGGCGCAAUUGACACAGGCGAGAAUUGAACUUAAGAAAGCCCUAGAGGACAAAACGUCGAGUCUGAAGAGAUCGGACACUGGUGCUUCCAGUCCGGAGGCAGUUGUCCAGUUGGAGCAAGUGAUGCGAGAGAAACGAGAGACGAAUUCUAAACUCGAUGAAACCCUGAAGAGUCUGCAGGCAGCGCGCGAGAGAGAGACUGAAGCCAGUCAGAAGGCGAAACGUGCGAUGGAUUCUGCUCAGCAGGCGGAGUUCGAGAAGAGUCAGGCGGAGGCGGAGAUCAGGAGGCUGAAGGACGAGUUGGAGAGGCAACGGGAGAAGAUCAGGGAAGCUACGCAGGAUGCCUGCAGGAGACUGGCCGAGGAGAGACACCAGGUGGAGAGGAGGUAUGGGCAUCAGAUGGAGCAGCUCUCCGCCGAUGUAGCGACGCACUGGGACGCGGCGUCCAAGUCCCAGCUGGAGAUUGAGAAACAACGACGAGAGAUUCUGGAUCUCAAGAGGGAAUUGAAUCAGAAGCAGGCGGUCAUUGAGGAUCUCAAGAAGGAAAUGCAGUCUAAAACAUCAAGCCUCCAGAGCGACUUGACUCAACUCUCGGCAGAGAAAGAUGCAGUUGAGCAGGAACUUGCCACAGCAAAACUGGGGGCUGAGCGGAGCGAACGUCAUGCUCGUCAAGAGCAGAGUCGUUGGCAAACAGAAAUCAAUUCUUAUAAACAGAGAAUUGAGCGGGCGGACGCUGACAUCGUGCACUGUCGACGAGAGAACCUGAGGUUGUCUGAGCAGAUUGCUUCCUUGGAGAAAGAGUUAAAUAUGACGAGAAUUAUCCACGUGGAGACAACUGCAACUCCUAGGAAAGAUAAAAACAAGGACGUGACAUCGAUGAUAAUGGAUAUGGAGGGAAAAAACGCUGCUCAAUUGGGUGGUCUUGAAGACGCUCUCAGCAAUCAGGCAAAGCUCAUUUCUCAACUGACUGCCGAAUGCCAAUCUCUCACACAGCGUUUGGAAGCUAACAACCACACGCACAAGGAAGAGAUGGCCCGGUUACAAAGUAACAUAGACUAUUUGACGAGCAAAUUCCGGGAUACGCUUGAAAAUCCGAAAGGAAAACUAUCGUCAACCCCCGAAUCAGGUGCAGACCCCAGUAAACAAUCCCACAAGCCCGCAACCGAAGAAACCCACCCCCAAGACCCUACUCAUCCUUACUCAGCAACGUCUGAUGAUACUUACGCGCAUAGCUACACGAACCCCCAACAAAAACCUGACGAGAUGGAUCAGGCACAGUACCAGGACCCGCAGAACUACGAAAAUUACCCUGCAGACUACUCCACCCAGGAUUACAGUCAGUACGAGCAGUACGAGCCAUCGUCGUAUCAACAGUCUGCCGAGGGGACCCACGGGCAGACUGAAGAGGGUCUUUAUGACGGCAAUCAACAAUAUGAGCAUUAUGGAAACAAUGAUUACCUCGAGAAUCAACAGGUUCCCCAUGACCAACAGUAUGUUGAGUCCAACCCAGGCGAUAAUGUCGCGUAAUCCCAGGAGAAGAAUCCAAAUUUCAAUAGAUAAUUUUCGUUUCAGGCACUUGAAAACUCAA